CGACCAAGGGACGAAGGGCUGGCCGGCCGGGGCUCUGACUGUUUCCCUCGCCUCUAGCUCUUUAACUGGGUCUAGUUCUUGAUCCUGGUUCUGUCAAUUUGACGGCUCUUGUGAUGGGUGGAUAGACUGGCUACUGACUAAUGAAUAGAAGUUGGUCCGGUCUGUCGGUCAGCGUCCAUGGUCUAGCCCCAGGAGAGGUGUUUCUCAGCCACGAGCUCGCAUCCCUCCUCGCCUUUCAUGACCCUGACCCUAGCCCCAAGGCUGGCCAAGGCUGGUCUUUUACCCUAAGACCCCCCCUGAGACCUAGACCUUGACCGGUCCGAGGUCGUCCAGCUGACAUCUAGCGGCCUCUGAGCGAUUCGCUCGGGCUUUUCGCUCGGGCUCAGCCAUUGCCCGUGGCCCGUUGGAACAUGGAGCUGAUCGCCACGGAUUCGUGCUUGAUCCUGCAACCCGUGCACAAAGGCGAAUCCAGCCUGUUUAUUCAACGGGCCAAUGGGGCCGUGAGUGUGCGACCCUCUUGGGACCCCGCCCAACAAGAGAAUCCCGAAUGUCUGGGCCUGGUCAUGGGCCUGGUGGGGGUGCUGCGGGUCCAUCCGGAAUGCGUUCCGCGAUUGGUCUUGGUGCAAAGUUGCUAUCGGGUGUGCGAGUUGCCGGGUCGAGGACUGGACCCCCACGGGAUCUACAAAGUGACCCGCGUGGUGUGUGUGCCCAUAUCGGAUUUGGUGGAAUCCAUCCGACAACUCGCUCUCAAACCCUGUCCCAAACACCAACCCAUGCUCAUGAACCCGCCAGAGGAGUGUCCGGGGCAGCGCGUGGAAUUGCCGCCCGAGGAGGUGCCCGCCCCACCCCCUGUGGCCCCGACGUCCAAAACCUUGAGCAAACUGGGCGGAUCGAUCAAACUUUUCGCUUCGGAUGCGGUUAAAUCGACCGCGGGCAACGCGGCGGCCUUGGCCUCCCAAGUCAAAGUCCCUUGGACUUCCAAUACCAAACCUCCGCUCCCUAGCAUCACCUUUAGCAGUCCCAAUAUCAAUCGAAUGAUUGAACGCUUCGAAAAGCGAGUGGUGGACGAGUUUUGUAAACUCUUCAACGAGUCGGACUCGUUUUAUUUUUCGUUUUCCGGUGAUCUCACCAAUACCCUCCAAAGACAAAUGCAGCCGGAUUAUCCGGUCGAUCUUCCACUUUGGCAACGCGUCGACGAUCGUUUCUUCUUCAACAAACACCUAAUUCAAGACGUCAUCGCCCUGAAUGAUCCCCGGGCUGAUACCUUCAUCUGUCCCUUUAUCCAAGGCUUCGUCGAAUUAAUGGACUCUCCCCUCCACUUCUCGGAAGCAAAUCAACUUUACGGCCAGUCCAUCCUGGUGCCGAAAGCCGAUAUUUCUCUGCCCGAAUACUUCUCCAUUGCCCUGAUAUCGCGCAGGAGCCGACACCGAGCGGGCACCCGAUAUAAAAGACGAGGAGUCGAUGAAGACGGUCACGUGGCCAAUUACGUGGAAACCGAGCAGAUCCUAUUGUACCACCAUUAUGCAUUAUCUUUCGUGAUGACUCGAGGCAGUGUACCAGUGUAUUGGUCCCAACCCGGGUACAAAUAUCGACCACCGCCCAUCUUGGACCGAUCGGACGAUGAGGACCAGGCGGCUUUUCAAGCCCAUUUCGACCGAGAGUUCAAGAUCUACGGGUCUCCUAUUAACUGUGUUAGUCUGGUGGAAAGGAAUGGGCGAGAAAAAGUGAUUGCCGAUGCCUACCUUAAUCAAGCACUAAACCUGGACAAUCCGGAUUUGGGUUUUGUCGCCUUCGAUUUUCACGAAUAUUGCCGGGGAAUGCAUUUCGAGAACGUGUCCAUUUUGAUAAAAAACCUCGAGCCUCAACUCAAGGCCUUACGCUAUUGUUGGGUGGACAAUCAUGGGAUGGUUUGUGGGCAGCAAGGUGCCUUUCGGAUAAAUUGCAUCGAUUGCUUAGAUCGUACCAACGUGGUGCAAACUGCUAUCGCGCGGAUGGUUUUGGAAGUUCAACUCACCAAAUUGGGUGUGGUUCCACCUGAAAUGCCUCUUCCCCUAGAAACUCGCUUGAAAUUUCAAGGGAUCUGGGCCAAUAACGGUGACGUCAUUAGUCGGCAGUAUGCGGGUACGAAUGCCUUAAAGAGUGAUUUCACUCGGACCGGAGAGCGCAACAUCAGUGGCAUGAUGAAAGACGGCAUGAAUUCAGCUAGUCGAUAUUACUUGAACCAGUUCCGAGAUGCCUAUCGCCAAGCUACGAUUGACCUGCUUGUAGGCCAUUCCGAUAGCGAGGAGCUCCUUGUCAAAAACCUGGAGAGCGAAUCUGCGGCAGAAUCUCGGCACAAAAUGGAAGUCGAUAAUAGUGCAACGGCGGAGCACGUCCGAAUUUUGAUAGAAGAUUGCAAGAAGCUGCUCAUCCCGGAUCAGGAGACCGUGGUUGGAGCUUGGGGCUUGAUCAGCAACGACCCCGUGUCCGGUGAUUUCAAUCAAGAGGAUUUAGAUGUAAUAUUUCUCCUCACCAAAGACGCCUACUAUGUGGCCCUGUAUGAAGACGAGACUGACAAAGUGACUCAAUACCAAAAAGUACUAUUAUCAAAUGUAGAAAAAAUCGAAUUCGGCGUCCCAGAGCAGGGCUUCAAUUUGAUCGGAAGAAACAACACGAGGAGCGAGCAUAGUCUGCGGAUAUUUUACAAGAUGCCUAGCGAAGAUAUAUCAGCCAAAGAAUCCGGCUUCUUCCACAUGUUUCGUUCGACCAACCUCCGAUUCUUCAACAAUAUGGCUAUUGUGGUUCGAUCUCCCGAAGAGAAGGUCGAGUCAUUGAAAAUCAUCGUCGAUUCGAUUAGCGUGGCAAUCGAGAUUGCUGGGUUCUCAGUGGACACUUGGUUUGGGAAAUUAGAUAAGAAGAAAACUCGCAUCCCGGAUCUUUACUCGAACUACAAUGUCUUACCUCUGGAAGACGUUCCCGUGUUCAAGAGUGUAGGCUCUAGAGCCCUUCAAAAUAUGACGUCACAAAUUUCCAAAUUGAACCCAAUGUCAAGAUUUCGUUUUUCAACCAAGCGAAACAACGAAGAACCCGAAGAAGUCCUACCUCAGGGUAAUGUCACUCAAUUGGAAAACUCGGCCAACGAUAUCAGGUCUAGCUCUCCAACGUUUACGACCCCUUCUGAAGUCGUCGAACCGAUAAACCAAAGUCUCCCUGAGCAAUCAUUGAGGCCGGAUGAUGAAGGUCUGACAGCUAACCUUCCUACUCAGUUAAGCUCAGCAAACCAAGAGAGCAUGUUCAAACCAGAUUCACUGAUUUCCACCCCACGUGGCAAGAUCUCGCAUGAAAUCAACAGCUUCGGAGCAAAUUUGGCUUCCAAAAAAAACCCUCCGACUCCAGUUUCUCCUCGAAAAUGCCUUGCCCCUCCCAGAGUUGAGGAUGGUAGUGCUGUAAUUGGCGAACCUGGUUCUCUAAAUCCAGACCUGACAAGCCCUCCCAUCAAACCUGAAUUAGAAGAGGCUAUUGCAAAAAGUAGAACCAAAGUGCUGAUUGUUUGCGACAAUGUUCGCUGAUUCCUUGAGUGCUCUAGUUGUUGAUUGUAUAAUCAAAUGUUUCGUUCAAAAUACCUAGAUGCUUACCCAUAUAUUGAUUCAUUCCCAUCAUAGUCAACCCAGCUAUGCCAGUAUUUUCCUUCAUGAUGUGAUAGCUUCUCAUUUUUCAUGUACCCAUGCCUCAAAUCAAUGAAUUACAUUCUUCAACAUCAAA